UUCCAACGAUUUUGUAUUUUGUAGACCUCUGGCGAUAUCCCGUUCUGAAAUAGGCUCAAUCGAUAUAUAAACGAUAGUAUUUCAUUAUUUUCCAAAUGAGCGGAGGACUUGCUCCUAGUAAAAGCACAGUGUAUGUGGGCAAUCUGCCAUUUUCCCUAACGAAUAAUGACAUCCAUAAAAUAUUCGAAAAAUACGGGCGGGUAGCCAAAGUUACAGUUUUAAAGGAUGAUUCAAGAAGAAGUAAGGGUGUGGCGUUCAUCAUGUUUAUAGAGAAGGAUUCAGCCUACAAGGCUGUUCGUGCCCUGAACAAGACAGAGAUGUUUGGUAGGACUAUAAAAUGCAACAUUGCAAAAGACAAUGGCAGGACUACAGAUUUUAUUCGGAGGAAAAACUAUCCUGACAAAUCCAGAUGCUAUGAGUGUGGUGAAGAGGGUCAUCUAAGUUACAAGUGUCCAAAAAAUCUUCUUGGUGAAAGGGAACCACCUCCUAAAAAAGAAAAGAAGAGAAAGAAGGAAGAUGAGGAGGAAUACAGUGAAGAAGAGGAAGAGAGUGAAACAGAAGACCCAGCCCUGGAGAGUUUGUCUGCAGCCAUCAAAUACCAGCAACACCAGAUGGAGCUGGAAUCUAUGAGAUAUGCAGCCACUUCCUCCUCUUCUGUGCACGAGGAAGAGGAACCCAAGCGUAAAAAAUACAAGAAAGAUGCUUACUUCAGCGAUGAGGAAGAGUUUGAUGACGGUUGACCCAAAGUGACCCAGUCAAGCGUGUUAAUGAGUUGACAUAUUUUAUGUUCGCAUUUGAUGUAGAUUUGAUUGUAGUUGCAAGAAAUGUUCGAGUUCAAGUGUACAAAUCUCCAAACCAAUGUACAGACUUUUUCAUGGUAAAGUUGAUUGUGUACCUUGGAUAAGGAACAUAUGCAAUUACAUACAUUUGUAUUGAAAUAUAGUGCACUGUUCAGGUCUACUUGUUCAAGCCAAUUCAACAGGGCAGAUUUUUCAAAAAUUCCUGUUGUUGCAAAAUUUCAUUGCAAGAUUUCAAUAAAAUCAUACAUGUAGAUGGUGUGCAUUUCAAAUGCUGCCAACUUCCUCUGUAAGUGCAGUUAUACUGGUACACAUACCAUAUGGGCAUUGUUAUUAUGGUAGUUGAGGGUAAACUCGACACAUAUCACCAUAUGUUCCUGCCAUAUUUAAAUAAAAUAAUCCAUGAGAUUUUG